ACCUGUACAGUCCAAUCCCAAUCUCUUUUUUCUUCUCAACCUACAAAUCUCUAGGGUUUUCCAUGGUCUAACCUAGCCCUAGAAAAUCCGGAUCACACCUUAAAGAUCAAGCCUUCCAUUCUAAUUCCAAUUUCAGUAAUUUCUCAACUUAGGGUUUUGAUUGGAGCGAGAUUGUUGACCAAGAUUGUGUUUUUGGUUUCUUCGGUUUUUCUGAGUAUCGUGUGAGGAGUUAGGGGUUUUUGUUAUUAUGAGUGAGGCGAUGGCUGGAGUGGGAGAAGAGGGGGUGGACUACGAGAGCGAUCCGGAGGAGGCGAAGUUGUCGCUGAAGAUGCGGAGGAGAGAGGCGAGCGACGAUGAGGAGGAGACCGGAGGAGAAAGGGAAAAGCAGGAGAGGAGAGAGAAGCCGCCUCGGAGGAUUGAUUCCGAUGGAGAGUUGGAGGAGCAAGGCGGGGUUGCGGAAUAUGACGAAGAGGAAGGGGAGGAGUCGGAGUACGACGAAGAGUAUGAGGAGUAUGUGGAGGAGGAAGAAGAGUACGACGAGGGACGUGCGCCAGUUGGUGAAGAAGAAGGUGUUGGUGAGCAUCGAACAGAGGCAACGGUGGCGGAGGGAAGUUCUGAAGUGAUUGAGGAAGGACUCACUGCAGAGGGCACAGGAUUGAAUGAUGGUGUGGAUGGUGAUAACGAUGGUAAUUUGCAGAGGGAAUUGGAGGAGAAGAAGGAGAAUGAACCUUAUGCUGUGCCCACUGCUGGAGCAUUUUAUAUGCAUGAUGACAGGUUUCGUGACAAUGCACGAGGCCGACAGAGGCGAACUUUUGGUGGAAGAAAGUUAUGGGAAUCAAGAGAUGAUAGAAAAUGGGGGCAUGACAAGUUUGAGGAGUUGACCAUGGAGGAAAGGCACUAUGAUGGGGGCAGGAGGACUUCCCGGGGUCGUUAUCGUGGUCGUGGUAAAAUGAGAGGGUCAGAUCCGGGAUAUCCUCGUGGAAGGAGGCCCAGAGCAUAUGGUAAUGAGAACAAUGAGAACAAUGAGAACAAAGCUUAUGCUAAUAAUCAGAAGAUUCAGAAUAAUGCACCAAGAGGAGUUAGGGGACGAGGACCUAGAAGGUAUCGACCGUCUUUUAAAGACAAUGAUGAUGCACCCCCUCCACAGACCAGACGCUUUGGCAAGUCUGUUGAGAAACCUUCACAUAGUAGCUCUGGGAAAGCAUCUGGACCUGUAGCAAAUGUAGAUUCAGACCCUUUACCAGCUGCUAAACAAGGGUUUGUGUCAAGCUUGAAUUCUGCUUCGCCUCCAUUUUAUCCCUCAACUGCUUCCGCCAAAGAACAACAUGAAAGGGACUUGCAAUCGGGGUCAAAUAGUCGAAAUGUCCAAUCUUCUCUUGUGAAGGAGAAUUCUUCUGCAGCUCAACCUGGUGCAAUGUUGCGAGGAAAAAAUAUCAUCGACUCUGUUGCCAUGGACAAACUUAACAUUGAUGAUUCAGUUUCUUCAAUUGCUGGAAAGCCUUCAACCACAAUGCAGUUGACUCAUGGUUCCUCAUUUUCUACUCAGUCACAGCCAUUAAGGGCCCAAGGAAGAGGAAUAACUACAUUCCCUCAGAUGAAUUUUCAACCAACUGGGCCAAAUAGCCAAGUCAACAGGGUCUCGCAUCCAACUCAGCGAAAUUCUGUUCAAAGCCGGGGACAACCUUCAUUGCAAGCUACUGGGCAGCAUUUUAUACAGCGUUCUGGUACUGGAUCUCAAGCUUCUUCCCCACCUAAAACUGGUCAAUCUAUAAAUGUUGUUGAACCUGGAGAGCUUGAAUCACCUUCAGAGUCUAGUAAGCUAAAGAGUGCUGUGAUUGCGAAAGGAAAAGGGAGUAUGCCAGGUAGUGGACGGGGAUCAAUUGUCUAUGGUGGAGCUCAGGUUAUGGGUACACCUGGAAGCACUGGCAGUGGGCCUGGUGACCAGAAUUUCUCUGCAACUCCUGCCUUUUUGCCAGUCAUGCAAUUUGGUAACCAGCACCCUGGUGGCAUUGGAGUUCCUGCUGUUGGCAUGGCAUUUCCAGGUUAUGUGGCUCAGCCGCAACUUGGAUUAGGGAGUUCCGAGAUGACUUGGUUGCCUGUUUUAGCUGGUGCUGCUGGAGCAUUGGGGGCUACGUAUUGCUCACCCUAUAUUGCUGUUGAUGGUGCCUAUCAUGGUCGUCCAUCUGGGCAGAUUUCUACCCUCACCGCUGCUUCAAGCAAAGAAAAUAAUAGCAGCAAACCUAAUAAUGAAGGGAAGCCUUCGCAAAAGCCUGAACUUGGAAAUGAUGACUUUGGGCAGCGACAGAAGAAUCCUCGCAGAUAUACAGAGAUGAAGUUUGACCAAUGAAGUAGUGGUGUAUGUUGAACCUGUUUGAAUAAGCCGGUUAAUAUCAAAUUAUCCAAUUAAAAUCUUCCAUCUUUAGUUGGGUGUUGCAUUCUGUGUGGUACUUUCAGUGCUGCAGGCCUUUUCCCGGGCCCUUCUCCAUUUGUAGAUCUGGAGAACCUGGGGCUCUCAUGUAUUCUGCCUUACCUUAGGUUUACAUGACAAAACGCCUGCUCAUGCUGCUUCACUUCAGGAGCUACACUGCAGCUUGACGGGUGGCAGUUCUUUACUCAAUAUGUGGUUCUUGUGGCUUGCUUUUGUUUCAAUGAGGCUUGUGAGAAUAGUUACUGGACUUCUAGAAGAUGAUAAAUAAUGGCAAAGAACAAGAGGCAUUAUGUAGCAGAAGUAUGUUAUGCUAAGUUCAUAUAUUUCCAGUAUAUGGUUUUGUUUACAAAUCUGGUUUGCGUCAAAAUUCCGUGGAUAAUGUUACCCUUUUGAGGAGGAUGCUGCCUUGUGUAUUUUACAUUUACUUGAUGGAAACACUGCUUUUGGUCAGAUUUGUAUUUUGCAUUAGUAAUAAUAAUAAUAAUAAUAAUGAUGAUGAUAAUUUUAUUA